AAAUGCUCCAUUUUAAUUAUAUUAGGAGGACGGCCCUAUUCUCUGCCCAAUAAAAAUGGACCAGGGCUGACACCUGGUUAUAAACACAGGAAGGAUUCCAAAGUAGUAAUCGCUAAUCGGCAGAAAAAAACCCAACCGGGAUCUUCAAGAGACGCAAUGACCUCCAGUAAAGUUGAAAUGCCAGGAGAGGUGAAGAACGACCCGGCUGCGCUCAUGGCAUCUCUUCAUCUGGUGCCCUCACCGGUACCCAACCCUGAAAUCAAGUACACUAAGAUUUUUAUUAAUAAUGAAUGGCAUGCUUCUGUGAGCGGUAAGGUCUUCAGCACAUACAACCCGGCUACAGGGGAGAAGAUCUGUGACGUCCAGGAAGCAGAUAAGGCUGAUGUGGACAAAGCCGUGCAGGCUGCACGUUCGGCCUUCUCUCUGGGUUCAGUAUGGAGGAAGAUGGAUGCAUCUGAACGUGGGAGGCUGUUGUUUAAGCUAGCUGACCUGGUGGAAAGAGACAGUGCAUACCUUGCUACCCUGGAGUCUCUGGACACUGGGAAACCUUUCCUCUCCUCCUUCUUUGUGGACCUCCAGGGAACCAUUAAAACUUUUCGAUAUUUUGCUGGAUGGGCAGAUAAGAUCCACGGUUCCACGAUUCCGACUGAUGGAGAAUACUUUACCCUUACCAGACAUGAGCCCAUCGGAGUUUGUGGACAGAUCAUUCCUUGGAACUUCCCCCUGGUGAUGACAGCAUGGAAAUUGGGGCCAGCGCUGAGCUGCGGGAACACUGUUGUCCUGAAACCUGCUGAGCAGACCCCUCUCACCUGCCUCUACAUCACCGCUCUGAUCAAAGAGGCUGGGUUUCCACCGGGAGUCGUCAAUAUUUUGCCAGGCUAUGGGCCAACCGCAGGAGCCGCGAUCGCUUCGCACAUGGGCAUAGACAAAGUGGCGUUCACAGGAUCGACUGAGGUUGGCAAGCUAAUCCAAGAAGCAGCAGGAAAGAGCAAUCUGAAGAGAGUCACGCUAGAGCUCGGGGGAAAGAGUCCCAACAUCAUUUUUGCAGAUGCUGAUUUUGAGCUGGCAGUCGAACAGGCCCAUCAGGGUGUUUUCUUCAAUAGUGGUCAAUGCUGUACCGCUGGUUCCCGUAUCUUUGUGGAAGAGCCCAUUUAUGAGGAGUUUGUGCGAAGGAGUGUUGAGAGAGCACGGAGAAGGACAGUUGGAAAUCCCUUUGACCCAACCACUGAGCAGGGGCCUCAGGUGAGUGCGGAGCAGCAGAGUCGUGUACUGGAGCUGAUUCAGAGCGGCAUCACUGAGGGAGCUAAACUGGAAUGUGGCGGCAAAGCUCCUCCUUCUAAAGGCUUCUUUGUGGAGCCCACAGUCUUCUCUGAUGUACAGGAUCACAUGCGCAUUGCCAAGGAGGAGAUAUUUGGGCCAGUUCAGCAGAUCAUGAAGUUUAAGACUAUUGAAGAAGUGAUUGAGAGAGCCAACAACACAGAAUAUGGUCUGGCAGCAGCGGUCUUCACCACAGAUCUCAACAAGGCCAUGACUGUCUCUGCAGCUCUGCAGGCCGGCACUGUCUGGAUCAACUGUUACAAUGCCCUGAGCUGCCAGUGUCCUUUUGGAGGAUUCAAAAUGUCCGGCAAUGGUCGUGAACUGGGUGAGAUCGGACUGAAAGAAUAUACAGAGGUGAAAACCAUUACAAUGAAGAUGUCAGGGAAGAAAUCUUAAAGCACAACUAUGUACGUUCCUAGCAGCGGGAAGUCUUCCUCUGAGGUUAACCACUAGCCAUUAUCCUUUGGUUGUCUAUAGUGGUAAAACACCACACACAGUACCCACCCAUCACUUCUGCAUUGGAGCACCUCUUCUCCUGCAUCUUCGUAGGCUGUUCUCAUGAACUACCCUUCAUCUCCAUCCCACGUCCACUAGCAGCUCCACAUCCACUGCCACAAUUAACUGCCUCCACCCAUUCCAGCUGUGACCUCCUUUCGCCGGCUCCACUAACCAUACUAAAGCACUCGGAGUCCCGGUGAAAGAGGGCUAUGCUUUUGACCACUGCACCAGCAACGUGCAGACACUAACAGACUACGACCACUCUCUCUGAUGAUCUCCCACGGCAAGUGGCCAAAGGAGGUCUGUUGUGUCUGAGGGGUGCCAUUCUCAAACCUCAUAAUUAACUUGCCUUUCCACUGGGUAGAAAUCUCGUAGGCAUAUAAGUUUUUACUAAGACCACUGAAGCUCUCUAUCUCAGAAAAAAAAGAUGUUUUCUUUGAAUGAGUAUUAAUUCUAAAAUGUGUGUAAUUGCUUUGUGUUUUUAUUUUUCAUUUCAUUGUUUGAUUGUUUUUACUAUGUGUAACUUUGUCGAUGUCUUGACCAAUGUAAACCUCAAAAAAAGAAAAAUAGAAAAAAAAAACUUUGGUGUGUAUUUUCGACAAAUGAUUCCUUAUUGAUGCCCAUUUAUUGUUAGGUUUAAAGAAUUAUGUACUAUGAAUAUAGAAGUUAAGAUAUCGAGUAAUUUCUUCAUUAAAAUGUUUUACUCAAAGGCUUCUCUUGAAGGUGAUUUUCUAAUUGUCUUGUUAAAGCAUAAUGACUGAGGAAAAUAAUAAUCAUUAGUAAAAGACGGGGGGAGGGGGGAAUCCUUGUACAGAGAUCCUUUUGCCAGGUUCGUUUCUGCUUCAGUUGUUGCAUUUUCAGAUGUCUCUGAGUAUUCCGAUUUAUGUCAACCAGGGCCAGAACAGGCUGAGUCAGAAAUUGUUUGGUAAGAGCUCUUCAGAUAUGAGCAACGUGAGCCAGAUAAAAGAAGCACCCAGUAGUGCAACUACCUUAGAAGUUGCAUUCCCAGAGAAACAGUCACAAUGGAUUUUCCCAGCAGCCCAGCCAAUCUGCUGAUAUCCUUAGUCAGACCAACAUGCAUGAUGAAAAGACUUGGCUACGUUACACAACACUGGUCUGGAUCUGGAAGAGCAGAAAAGGACAGCACAUUGCUUUGAACUAGACCACAGAAAGACCACUACAGUGAUACAUCACCUUCCUGUGGUUCGCAUGGAAAUUAGUCUGAACCGUUUGCUAAUGAGUUAGUAUGUGACAACAAUCGAAGAAAGUGGUUUGUUUCACCUCAAAGACAUGUUGCAUGUUUUCAAGUGUGAGCCCAUCAACACAGGAAAGUGUUGGAAGGUUGCAGGCGAAAGGCCUUACAAGGAUUGUUUAAUCCAUUUGACGUUGUUGCACAAUGGUGUCAUCGACCCUUCCCUCCUUAGGAGUCUGUUGAAUAGGAUUUAUAAUCCUCUGGAGUCUCAUAUGAUUACAGUGUACCAAGUUCACGCCGAUAUUUCUACAUGACAGUAGUGUAAAAUCGCUGCUUUUUACUAAGAAAAACAUGAUAAAUCAAUAAAUGGCGUUAUUACAGA